AUGCCCUAUAACGAAACAGAGAUCAAGUGUGUCGUCGUGGGAGACGGUGCCGUAGGAAAGACAUGUCUGGUCAAAGUGUUUGUCGAUAACAAAUUCCCCGAAGGAUAUGUUCCAACUGUUUUUGAAAACACCUAUCUCAUUCAAGAAUAUAGAGGAUUUAAAGUAAAUCUUGGAAUAUGGGAUACAGCUGGACAAGAAGAUUAG